AUGUUCAGCACUUUCAAUCUUGAAACACCAGUAAUAAAAGUAAGGCAGAAACGGCAGAGGACCCAAAGGGAACCCAUUGAAAUUGAAUCUACUUGCCCUGAUAGCAUCGAUAAGGCUGAACAAACCGAAGAAACCUCAGCAAUUCUGGAAAAAGUCAAGAGCCAAAUCAUGAGACACUUUAAACACAAUAACAUGAAACCUAUAAAAUACUUCCAAAUCGUUCUAGAUCCUGAAGACUUUGGAAAACCCGUUGACAAUAUUUUCCAAGUGUCAUUUCUAGUUCGAGAUAGAGAUGUGGAGCUCUUUGAAGAAAAUGAAGAUUUGUGGUUAAGGCCUUUGAAAAAGUCUCGGACUGAUGAACAGCACUCGAAUGAUGAACAGCACUCGGGUGAUGAACAGCAAGUCAUUAUGAGCAUCGACAUGUUGCAUUGGAGAGCUUUGGUAAAAAAAUAUGAUGUGAAGAUGCCUAUGAUAAAUAUAUCUGAUCGUUUUAAAGGCAAAUGA